AUGGACGAAGCAUCGGUAUCUGUUUCCAAUCGCCCUUUGGCCCAGAGCUUGCCGGCCUCCAUGCAAACGUACAUUUGGCAUGCGACGCUACCACUUGCCAUCACGCAUGCCUCUUCUGUUGUGCCCUACCUGCUUCACGUGCCGCGCCUUUCCUACCUACCACUGGUUCUACCGCGACUCAACCUCUUCUUUGGGCCUGGCAUCGUUGGCUCCAGCUUCUCGCAUCACGGCCGCGCCCUGCCUAACCUACCUAUCGGCCUUCUCUUUGAUAUAUUCGCGCCCCCCUUACCCUGGGCCCUCGAGCUGGGCAAUAGCCCGGUAUAUGAGACUCAUGAUACAUUUAUCAAUAGCCUCAAAGAAGCUGACUUUGUGCGCAAUGGCACGGCUAGGGGCGUACUGGCCAUGUCCAAAGAGGAUUCGAAACAGCUCUGGCACGCCAUAAUAGACAACGAUUUCGGUGCCUUCUGGCAGAUCAAUCGAACUCUGCUCAAUCCACCCUCGCGCCUCAAACACAUCCCUAUCCGCCUCUACCUCCCCCCUCCGCCGCUUGCUACCGCCGCAUACCAAGCCGUUCAACAGCCAAUCACUCCAGAAGCCUCGCCCGGCGAGGUCCAGACCCUCGGUUCCGCGCUGGCCCUCAUGCUGCCAUCUUUGUUUCUAGGAUCGAUAGAGAGUGCUCAAGCGGAGCCUAUCUUGCACGGUGCACCUGUGCCUCUCUAUGCACCCCUUGAAGAGCUUAUGCGAGAGGCGGCUUACGCAGACGGAUGGCUACAUAUAUGUAUUCGUCUCUCUAGAAACUGA